AUGGCUGAUGUAAACAAAAACAAACGAAAAGCAAUUAAAAGCUCUCUUACGCGAUUUGUAAACCAUUUUGACUCUAUAAAAGGCGCUGAAACAAAUUUAGAUGAGUUACAAACACGUUUGAACAGAGCUGAAAAAUUAUUAGACGAUUUUAAUGACGUACAACUGCAGAUUGAAUCUGCCGAUGAAAAUUGUGACACCAAUUAUGACAAUUUACACGCUCCUGAACGAGAAAGUUUCGAAAACACGUACUUCAAAAUUAUUUCGGAGGUUAGGAACUUCAUUUCCAUUAACAAUGAAAGUGUUAUGUUUCAAUCCCAGUCUCCUAAUAGUCAAAAUUCGCCACAAAUUGCAAAUAAUGACUUAAUGAGCACUAGACUUCCAACGUUAGAUUUGCCAACAUUCGACGGAGCUGCAGAAAAUUGGUUAUUCUUUCGAGAUACCUUUUUAUCAGUGAUCCACAAAAGCAGUGCCCUUGCGGAUGUUCAAAAAUUUAAUUAUUUGCUGCUUUCACUGAAAGGUACCGCUGCUGAUACAAUAAAAUCUUUGCAAGUUUCGGAUGCGAAUUAUUCCGUCGCAUGGAAAAUGCUUGAAGAACGUUUUGAAAAUAUACAUUUAUUAGUCACCAAUUACAUUAAAGCAAUUUUUAACUUGCCUACCAUCACAAAAGAAUCUCACCAGGGCUUGAGACAACUUUUAGAUGGAAUGCAAAAAAACCUACGCUCUUUAAAUGUUCUUAACUGCCCCACUGAUCAAUGGGAUGAUUUAUUAAUUUAUUUGAUUUCCUCCAAGUUUGACAACUCUACCCGUCGCGCUUGGGAAUUUCAAAACAGUACUAAUAAAUUACCAACUUUAGAUUGUUUAACUAGCUUUUUAAAGGAACGAUGCAGGAUUCUAGAAUCAAUAGAAUCAAACGAUUUAAAACAACAACAAUUUUACAAACAAUCAUUUAUCAAAUCUUCAAAAUCUUUGGUAGCUGUGUCAACAAGAAAAUGUGCUUUAUGUGAAAAAGACCACACAAUUUAUUAUUGUUCUGAAUUUACAAAACUUAGUCCAAAUGAAAGGUUAAACGCAGCGAAACAUUUACGCCUUUGCAUAAACUGUUUAAAUACAACACACUCUACAAAGGAUUGUAAGUCUACAGGUUGUAGAAAGUGUGGUAAAAUUCAUCACACGCUUUUGCAUUUCCCAAACAAGGAUUCCACACAAAACACUGUUACCACAACCACAGCCAACGAUAGCGACAGUGCUACUUCUACUAACAGCAGCACUUCUGUUACACUGACCGUCAACACAUCAAUCAAUACUCAGAUUUUACUUUCCACUGCAGUCGUGACAAUUUUUGACAGAUCUGGAACUCCACACGAUUGCCGAGUUUUGCUUGACAACGGCAGUCAAUCUAAUUUCAUUUCACAACGUUGCUGUAACAUUUUAAAUCUACCCAAAACUAAAGUUGAAAUUUCGAUUUUUGGAAUCAAUCAAUUGGAUUAUCCCGUAAAUUACAUGGUCUCUGUUGAAGUUAAUUCCAAAACAAACAACUUUCGGAGAACACUUUCAUGCUUGGUGCUGCCCAGCAUAACCGGAGAUAUUCCUGCGUUUCCAAUCAACAGGGAAACAUUAACAAUUCCAAAUAAUCUCACACUUGCUGACCCUGAUUUUCACCAACCUGCUCCAGUAGACAUACUGAUUGGUGCUGACACAUUUUGGGACCUCUUGUGCAUUGGUCAAAUCAAACUAGGUACAAAUGCUCCAAUAUUACAGAAAACUAAGUUGGGGUGGAUAAUUUCCGGUCCAAUAGUUACAGCUAAAAUGUUCAACACUUCUCAAACACAUUUUUGUCACCUUUCAACUGAUCAAACUCUACAAACUGAACUAACGAAAUUCUGGGAGUUAGAAGAAUAUCCAAAAACAACAUUUUUGUCCAAUGAAGAAAUUUAUUGUGAAAAUCACUUCAAACAAAACACCACUCGAAAUGAUGACGGUCGUUUCGUAGUCACGUUGCCAUUGAAGGACUCCAUCUCAAAACUUGGAGAUUCUCGAGCAAUAGCAACCAAUCGAUUUCUCAAUUUAGAACGUAAAUUAAAUAAAAACCUCAUUUUGAAAACUCAAUAUCAUGAAUUCAUCAAUGAGUAUUUAAAACUCAAUCACAUGUCACUUGAUGAGAACCAACAAGACAGUUCAGGUUUCUUUCUUCCUCAUCAUGGUGUGUUCAAGGAGAGUUCAACAACGACCAAGUUACGAGUUGUAUUUGAUGGUUCUGCCAAGUCCUCAUCAGGUAUAUCACUCAACGAUCUAAUGUUAGUAGGUCCAACCAUACAAGACAAUUUAUUUAACAUCCUUCUGCGAUUCAGACGACACAACAUUGUUUUAAGCGCAGACAUUGCUAAGAUGUAUAGACAAGUGCUCAUAGCACCCAAUCAACGCAAAUUACAAAGAAUUAUUUGGCGUUUUAACCCCGAUGACGAGUGUCUUGUUUACAAUCUUAACACUGCAACCUACGGUACUACUUCUGCCCCAUUUCUCGCCAUAAGAUCAUUACACGAGGUUGCUCAUCGGCAUAAAAACGAUUUACCAAAAAUUUGCUCCAUCAUCCUUCAUGAUUUUUAUGUAGAUGAUCUUCUAACUGGUGGCGACACCAAAGAAGAAGUCCAAGAAAUAAAGGAUAAACUUUCCAAACUCUUGAAUGAUUAUGGUUUUCCACUUCGAAAAUGGUCAUCAAAUGACACAUCAAUUCAGUCAAAGUUCGAAUCCAACAUUCUUCACAUCGGAGAAGAGCAAAACAAAACACUUGGAUUAUUGUGGGAUUCAAAACACGACAAUCUUCAAUAUGUUAUCAAUUCACGACACCAUGUCAAAGUAACUAAACGACAAAUUCUUUCUAUAAUUUCACAAAUUUUUGAUCCCCUUGGUCUUCUGUCACCAGUAACGAUUUCUGCAAAAAUCAUACUACAACAACUUUGGAAACUAAAAAUUUCCUGGGAUGAAUCAGUACCCACUGAUCUUUAUUACACAUGGUCAAAAUACCAUUCGCAGUUGAUUCACCUGAAUAAGGUAAAAAUUCCAAGACAUGUACUUUGCAUCAAUCCAAUUUCUAUCCAGUUACAUGGCUUUUCGGACUCAUCUGAAAAGGCUUAUGGAGCCUGUAUUUACUUGCGUUGUACAGAUACAUUUGGAAACGUAACUUCCAAACUUUACACUGCCAAAACCCGCGUUGCACCAUUAAAACAAACUACCAUUCCACGACUGGAACUUUGUGGUGCGUUGUUGCUAGCUGAACUAGCAUCAAGGGUAAUUUUAUCAACCAACAUCACUUUCCAACGGGUAACUUAUUGGUGUGAUUCGACCAUUGUUAUUUCAUGGAUAUCCACAUCUCCUUCUCUACUAAAAACCUUUGUGGCCAACAGAAUAUCACAAAUCCAGGCUUUAACAGUUCCAGAUUCUUGGAAAUAUGUAAAUACAUUUGACAAUCCCGCUGACCUCUGUUCCAGAGGCAUCGAACCGACAAAACUUUCAGAAUCAGAAAUUUGGUUUCAUGGCCCAAAAUGGUUAAUUCAAUCAGAAAAUCAUUGGCCCACACAAAUACCUUGUAAAAAGGCAACUAUUUUGCCAGAGCUGCGGCAAAAAACUUUAAUUUCCACGACUUAUGAAAAAAUCAUUCCCAUUUCUCGAUUUUCGUCUUUGUUAAAACUCAAACGAGUAUUUGCCUAUGUACAUAGAUUCAUAAACAAUACUCGUAAAGAAAAAAAUACACGUACUUUUGGUUCUUUAACGCCUUCCGAAUUAUGUAAUUCUUUAAACCAUUUAAUUCGACUGUUACAGAUUGAAAGCUUCCCUGAUGAUUACCAAAGACUGUUUUCGAACUCCAAACUUGACAAUAAAAGUAAACUUUUAAGUUUAAACCCGUUCUUUGAUUCAAUCACUCAAACUAUAUGA